CUUCCAUUAGAAGCUAUUCGAUUUAUUCCAGCUUUUGCAGGAAACAUUCAGCUUAAAGUAAAGUUCAGUAGCGACGCCUUACAAUGCACAUCUAUAUCUGUAAAUGAUAUCAUUGCUUUCAAUCCAACUCUUAAAGUUGCAUUUGCUUCAGAUUCAAAUCCACCGACAAAUAAAUUUGUUCCAUGGAAUGAACCAUUCACUAUGAUAACGAAGGCAGUAGAAGCUAGUGGAACAGUUACUAUUACAACUGUAACCCAGCAACUAUUUCGAACAAAGAUGGAUUUUAAUGAAUGUUUCAUUCAUCCAAAGUCAUUCUCUUUAGACCCUAACAUUUAUACAGAACUUGUAGAACAUUAUACAAACGAGGCUUUAUGUUUUCCUGUUAAAGUUAUGGAUUGGAUUCCUAUGGACGGUUCAUUCUCAAAGAAUACAGAUAGUUCAAGUGCAACAUUUACAGCAGCUUAUACGCCUAUUAAUGUUAAAAGUAUUUGGGCACUAUUUAGAAAGAAAGACAACUAUUAUGUUAAUUUAGUUAGUAUACAAGUCUUGGGUAUGGUGGCACUGCGUUCCACCUUACCCAAUACUUGUGAAUUUGACACUUUACAAAACCGUUAA